AUGAUGCUCGCUAGCAAGAUCCAGCGCCGGGCCUUUUCCGCCACGGCUCGCGACCUCUCCAAGGUUGCCGUCCUCGGUGCCUCGGGUGGCAUUGGCCAGCCUCUCUCCCUGCUCAUGAAGCUCAACCCCCGCGUCACUGACCUCGCUCUCUACGACAUCCGUGGCGGACCCGGUGUCGCUGCCGACCUUUCGCACAUCAACACCAAGUCGACCGUCACCGGCUAUGACCCUACCCCUACCGGCCUCGCUGCCGCAGUCAAGGGCGCCGAGGUUGUCCUCAUCCCCGCCGGUGUCCCUCGCAAGCCCGGCAUGACCCGUGACGACCUCUUCAACACCAAUGCCUCCAUCGUCCGCGACCUCGCCAAGGCCGUCGCCGAGUCCGCCCCCGAGGCCAAGGUCCUCAUCAUCUCCAACCCCGUCAACUCGACCGUCCCCAUCUGCGCCGAGGUCUUCAAGGCCAGGGGCGUCUACAACCCCAAGACCCUCUUUGGUGUCACCACCCUCGACGUCGUUCGCGCCAGCCGCUUCGUCUCCGAGGUCAAGAAGACUGACCCUGCCGACGAGAACAUCACCGUCGUCGGCGGCCACUCUGGCGUCACCAUCGUGCCUCUCUUCAGCCAGAGCAAGCACCCCGAUCUGACCUCCAACGCCGACAUUGUCAAGCGCGUCCAGUUCGGUGGUGACGAGGUUGUCCAGGCCAAGGACGGUGCCGGUUCCGCCACCCUCUCCAUGGCCAUGGCCGGUGCCCGCAUGGCCGAGUCCGUCCUCCGCGCCGUCCAGGGCGAGAAGGGUGUCGUUGAGCCCGCCUUUGUCGACUCGCCCAUCUACAAGGACCAGGGCAUCGACUUCUUCAGCUCCAAGGUUGAGCUCGGCCCCGAGGGUGUUGCCAAGAUCCACCCCAUCGGUCAGGUCGACGCCAACGAGCAGAAGCUCCUCGACGCCUGCCUGGUCGACCUCAAGAAGAACAUUGAGAAGGGUGUCUCCUUUGUUGCCUCCAACCCCGGCAACUAA